GACGUGGCCUACCAUGUUCGAGUUUCCCGCCACCACCAGAGGAUACCUCCUCGACACGCGAAACCUUUUCUAAAACAUCAAUCCAUACCUGCUUGUAUAUUCUCUGUAUUUCGUUCUGCUGUGGUUGCGCGUAAAUCGCGACUUGACGAUACUCUAUACCCUCAAAUUCGUUUCCGCCUCCUCGUUCUUGUUACUUACCCCUUAAUCCCACUGUCCGACGCGUUAUGGCCCAAACCGUACAGAAGGGAAAGCGGAGACACGUAGAGGACGACGACGAUUCCAGUCCAGCAGCUUCACCCGCAAAAAAGUCGCGUACUCAUACCGCACGAAAGAGCACUGGUGGACAAAUGCCUUCUGCUGCCGCUGCGAGACGUGCUAGUGGUAGCGGAAGCGGACCAGGUGCCCCUGCUCCCAGAAGAGGACCUGCCAAUGAGCCGGAACACGGGAAAAAGCGGCGCUAUCGUCCAGGGACUGUAGCAUUGCGCGAGAUCCGCAAAUACCAGAAGAGCACCGAUUUACUUCUGCGUAAACUGCCCUUCUCACGUGUGGUACGCGAAAUCACACUGGAGAUGACAACCGACCAGAAUGGUAUUCCAGCUUCUGCAUUAAGGUGGCAGAGUUCGGCUAUCCUAGCACUUCAAGAAGCUACGGAAGCGUUCCUCGUACAUCUAUUUGAAGACGCGAAUUUAUGUGCCAUCCAUGCUAAAAGGGUCACAAUCAUGCAACGUGAUAUUCAACUUGCAAGACGAAUACGAGGGCCAUGGGGUGGUUUAGGCUAACUACCUGUCUGUUUUCUUCCCGAAUCGCCUCUUCCAUCUGUCUUGUUGUCUUGCCUUCACAGUGCUCUUACGUUCCUUACCUUCUUGCGACACCCAAUUUUGCGAUACCUCUCACUCAGCCUCCCCGCCUCGUCGUCUUCAUCACCAUGAACCGCUAUACCGAUCUAUCAAUGAUUUAUGAACCUUUACGCCCGGCUUGAACCAUCGCAUUCGCUGAAUCCUCUUUGUGCUCAGAGUAACGUUUUGUUGGAUUCGGCGGAGAUUCUAUGAACGACCUUCUAGAAUUCCAUCUCGAGUCAGCAAUGAUCGCCCACGGCACCAUAAUGUAUACUGUACUGUUUCGCGCAUUUGUUCACGGCCUGUGACCUGUGACGGUCCGGUUCCCAGUUCACAGCUCGGAGAGACCUGUGACAUCAUGUUCAUGGCUACUGCCGAUUCUGUCAAGGCACUACCAAUCCCUUUCC